CUUACGUCCAAGGUACCAGGAAUGGCGCAUGCGCACCUAAGUCAGGCUGAAGAAAAGCGCACGCACAAGGGAAAGAAUUGGAUUAAGAUUCACACCAAAAAAUUGCAACAGAUAUGAACCUCUCAGAAACUGAACCCUACAGAUGAUUUUACCAAAAGUUCCUGCUUUGGAUUAGGGUGGUUCACGCCAACUAAUGAGGUCCCUAUCUGUGGUGAUGCUACCCUGGGCUGUUAUUCCAUAUAAAAAAUAAUGUAUAUUUAUAAAUUAUUUGAUACUGUGACUAAGUUUUGCAUAAUUUGUCAAAUGUUUCUGAUAUUAAAAAGCUAUGAGAGGAAUUUUUAAAAUAUAUUCCACAAAAAAUACAGUUAAGCUACUGGAACAUUAAGGGACUGUCUCAAUUGCUUCAUAAAAUUACUAGAGACAAGGUGGGUGAGAAAACAUCUUUUAGUGGACCAGCUUCUGAUGGUGAGAGGGACAAGCUUUCAAGCUACACAGUUCUUCUUCAGGUCUCAAAAAGUGUUGUGCAGAUUUCCUUUAGGACGAGGACUAAUAGGUCAGACAGAAUGACGGCUUUGUGAAAACACUUUUCGCUUUUAAAAGACAAGCAGGAAAGCUUAAAUUUGUAACUCUGCUGGACACUAAAAAUCAUGGACUGAGCAGAGACACUGGAUUUAUGGCUUAUUACAACAACCUGUAACCCUGACUAACCCUCAUUUUGUCCUAUGACUGAAGAGAUGUUAACGGGCCACUCUGCCUUGAAUGGUUCCUUAGAAUAUGUGCUAAUUUCUUAUGCUAAACGAUGCGUUCCACCUUGCAUUAGCUGUGCUGCUGAGAGUACCUUUUGUAGAUCUGAAGAAGAGCUCUGUGUAGUUCGAAAGCUUGUCUCUCUCAUCAACAGAAGUUAGUCCAAUAAAAGCACCACCGUCUCUCUAAUAUCCUGGGACUGAGACGGCUACAACUACCCCUUAAAUUAUUGUCUGUCUGUUAUAAAUAGGACCAGAUCUUGAAGUCCAUAUUUGGAUACCCAUAACCUGCAACCUCCCUCCCCCAUUACCCUCAUUAGUGAAGGGAGCCAAACAUGCGAAACUGGGCUGGGGCAGCUACUGAAGGGACAGAGUAUCUCCUGAGUUAGUUCCCCUCUUAAGCCAAGAGGAAAUCCCUACACAGGUUGGGGCCCCAUUGACUGAUACCUGGUAUACCCUUUAACUUCAGCAACAUAUGAGUUCAAUGUGAAUUUUGCCUGAGGCCUGGUCUACACUAUGAGGUUAGGUUGAAUUUAGCCGCAUUAGGUCGAUUUUAUAAGCAGUGCGGCUACACAACCAACCCCGUUCCGCUGACCUAAAGGGCUCUUAAAAUCAACUGCUGUACUCCUCCCUGACGAGGGGAGUAGCGCUAAAAUUUACCUUCCUGGGUCGAAUUUGGGGUAGUGCAGACGCAGCGCUGUGCAAUUCGAUGGUAUUGGCCUCCGGGAGCUAUCCCAGAGUGCUCCAAUGUGACCACUCUGGACAGCACUUGCAAUUCUGAUGCACUAGCCAGGAACACAGGAAAAGCUUCGGGAACUUUUGAAUUUCAUUUCCUGUUUGGUCAGUGUGGCGAGCUCAGCAGAACAGGUGACUAUGCAGUCCCAGAAUCUCAAACGAGCUCCAGUAUCGAGUGAACGGGAGACACUGUAUCUGAUUGCUGUAUGGGGAGAAGAAUCUGUGCAGGCAGAACUCCGAUGCAGCAGAAGAAAUGCUGAUAUAUAUGCCAAAAUCACACAGGGCGUGAUGGAUAGAGGCUACACCAGGGACACACAGCAGUGCUGCGUGAAAAUUAAGGAGCUCAGGCAAGCCUACCAAAAAACAAAGGAGGCAAACGAUCACUCCGGGUUAGAGCCCCAGACAUGCCGCUUCUAUGAUCAGCUGCAUGCCAUUCUAGGGGAGGAGCCUACCGCUACCCCACCACUGUCCGUGGAUACCUGCAAGGGGGGAGCCUCACGCAGCACGGAUGAGGAUUUCGUUGAGGAGGAGGAGGAGAAUGCGCAGCAGGCAAGCGGAGAAUCUGUUUUCCCCGUCAGCCAGGACCUUUUCAUCACCCUGGAGCCAAUACCCUCUCAGGGCGAAUUGUUCCCGGACCUGAAGACAGAGAAGGCACCUCUGAUGUGGCCUUCAGGAACACCCCACGCACCUCCGCUGAGCGUCUUCGCCAGACAAGAAAGCGCCCAAGAUGCAGAAAAGAAGACAUGUUCCGGGAUGUACUGCAUUGCUCCAAUGCAAGGAAAAGGGAACGCCAGGAGUACUGGGAAGCCGAACAGUAGGACAGAAAAGAGAAUAAGGAGUUUAAGAACGCUACUGAGCGGAUGAUUAAAGUAAUGGAGGAGCAAAAGCAGAUGCUGCAGUCCUUAGUAGUGCUGCAGACUGAGCAGAUCCAUGCUCGCCUUCUCCUAUAGCACAUUCAGAACACUUUUCCAUGCCCUGCCCCCCAACUCCACCCGCACAUUCCCUUCCACUUUCCAGGAGUUCUCGGUUUCCCCUUCUCUCCACCCCCUCGAACAACUUUCACAAUGAUAGCUAGACCUACACACAGUUGUGAAAGUCUGUCCUUCCCUGGUUCCUCCUUUUCCAGCAGGCA